AUGAUCAUAGAAAAUCCAGAACAAUUUAAAAAUUGGUUGACCACGGUUUUGGAACCAUUGUGUGAUGCUGAUCCAGCUGCGUUGGCUAAAUAUGUUUAUGCUUUAGUAAAAAAAGAUAAGACUUUAGAAGAGUUACAAGAAGGAAUGGUUGAACAGUUAGAUGUAUUCUUGCAACAUGAAACUAAGAAGUUUGUAGACUUGUUGUUCAAAACAUUAGAAACUCAAGAUUACUUGUUACAAGCUCCUCAAGGAAAUCUGACUGAACCAAUAUCAUCUCCACGAAUUAACCCUUCUGAACAUUCAGUAAAUUCUGAACAAUUAGUAGAACCAACUGUAACCCAGUUGUGUUCUAUUACAAAUCCUGCACUUUCAGUACAAACUAAUGGAUCUACAGCUACUUCGACACUUAAUAAAAGAGAAUCUCGAAAAUCUGAAUCUGAAAAAGAGGAUAAGGAUAAACGAACUAGAAGCCGGGGCCGUUUUCGAUCACGAUCGAAGUCACGAUCAAGGUCGUGGGAAAAGGAUCGACGUAGAUCAAGAAGUCGAGAGCAUCGUAGAGAUCGAGAACGUGACAGAAGCCGACUGUGGAGAAACAAAUCACCACCAUCUACUGUGAGACGUCAUGAAAGGAGACGAAGUCGCAGUCGUAGUUCAUCUUCUCUGCGGAUACGAGUGCGGGAAAUAGCUGAUAGCCGAGAUCACAGAAUCCGUUUUCGUAAUCGAUCUCCUACACCACUCCGCUCCCGAUCACGAUCUAAGUCAACUGAAAAAAAAAAUAUAGAUAAAACAGAAAAAUUAGUCGAUGAAAGCAGAUUAGACUGCAUUGAAACAAGCCCAGCUGGUACACCUUCUCAAGACAAUAACCAUGGAGAUAUCGAUAUGCGAUUGUCUACAGCCAGCCAAUCAAUUCAAAGUGUCGUUGCCUUAACAUCAAAUAUAUCGAAGAAUCAAAUUGGAGAAUUCCUACUUAAACGCCGCUGUCGUGAUUUUGAUGAAAAAGGGUAUUGUAUGCGUGGAGAUUUAUGCCCAUAUGAUCAUGGUACUGAUCCUGUUGUGCUUGAAGAUGUAGCACUCAGUCGAGUUUUGACAUUUGGACCUCAUGGUAGUCAAACUGUCGGUACUGAAACAGUACCUACUAUAUCCAAUUCAUCGUUAGGACAAAAUGGAACCGUACAACCACCUCAUGUUCCUCUUGCAAAUUUACCACCUCCUAAUUUACGGAAUCCGCCUCACUCUAAUAUGGAAUACAAUCCCGAUGCUCCAAGUAUGGAGCCAAGGAUAUCAUGGAGCCGGCAUUCUCAAUCUAAUAUGGGAAUUUACGGUCGUGGAGAGCGUGAAUUGAUACGCGUUCCAGUCAUCCCCCAUAUACAACCUCCUGAAACUGUUCAUUCCCAAACAACUAGUUCAUUAAAACGAAAACAAACCUUCGAUUUCAAUCGACUCGGUCCUAAGCAACGACUCAAUCAUAACUCUGCCAAUUGUUCUCUAGAACUCAAAAAAGUUCCUCGUACUUUGAACAAUAUUACCCAAUUAAAUAACCACUUUUCUAAAUUUGGUAAAAUUGUUAAUAUUCAAGUCAAUUUUGGUGGUGAUCCGGAAGCUGCUCUCGUAACAUUUCAAUUGCCAUCUGAAGCAAAAGCUGCUUAUCGUAGUACUGAAGCAGUCUUAAAUAAUAGAUUUAUUAAAGUUUUUUGGCACAGUAAUAUUAACAAUACUGCAGCUAGUAGUGCUAUUGAAAAUGUCCCACCCGGCUGUCGACCAUCUGUCAAAGAAAGAUUAGGUGCUGCUGUACCUUUGUCAAUAAAAUUAGAUGACAAUGAAUAUGUUCCCACGCGCCGCUCUAAUGAUGACCAACAAGAAAAUGAACGAGCACCACAACAGCAGCAACAAGAGCAACAGCCACAACAAAAACAACAGCAGCAACAAGAAAAGCAAGUAUCCCAACAAAAGCUAGAUCAGGAACAUCAGCAACAACAACAAAAUAAAAAGCAGCUCCUACCAGAUCAGCAACAACAAUUGCAACAAUCACAAGAACAGCAGCAACAACAAAUAUUGUUAUUAUUACAACAGGAAAAAGAACAAGAACCAAAAAAACAAGAGCAACAACUUUUACUUCUACUACAGCAGCAUCAAGAACAACAACCACAAGAACAGCAACAACAACAUCAACAAAAACAAUCCACAACAAAUUUUAUAAUUCCUUCUCAGAAAAAUAAAACAAUAGCUUCUACUCGAGAAGAAAAAGUUUAUGCUAUCAAAAAAACUCAAGAAAUUUUAGCGGUCAAAGAAACACUGAAGAAAAAACAAGAACAAAAGCGUAAAGAAGUAAUUAAAAUAACUGCAGAUCUCCGAAAACGUAAACAGGAACUUUUGGAUAAAAAUUUAAUGGAGAUUCGCACUCUAAUCGAAAAAGCAGAAAAAAAUCCAGAGCAGAAAGAUGCAAUAAUGGAAACAAUUAAAGUAAUACAACAAUCUAUUGAUCAAUUGCGUAAAGAUCUUGCGGCGAAUGGACAAUCUAGUGGAACAAAAUUAUUAGUCAAAUCUCGAGAGCAAACUCAAAAAGAAAUACUUGAUGCUGAAUUAGAUCUUAUGACUGCCCAUCAGGAAGGACAAGAUGCUGGUGAGUUGCAGAAGAGGCUAAAUGAAUUAAGAGCUCAAGCUGCGGUGUUGAGUAUAAAUGCUACCAAGGGUACUAAUAAAAAUGUGAAAUCAAGUCGAGUAGUUCGUGGUGGUCACAAUUUUACGUGUCGUGGUCGUGGUAAUUAUAUGCAUGUUUCUGCAUGUAGGUAAUCGACC